UGCUUUGAGCGAGCCGGGCGUAAGUAAAGGGGGUUUGUGCAACGGCCCCGUCAGUAGGAAUCACGAUUUCAUGUGAUUCGGACGCGCUAAGACAGUGCGAAGUACCGCGUGCCAAGUCCCUGCAGUCAAUAGUGAAUACAAGUCGAUCAACACGUGCUCACGACGUCCGACACACAAUAUCAAUACACACCGAUUCGUACACAUUGACCAGCCGGUGUAAAGGAGAAAAAGGAAGACUUGAGCUAGAAAAGCUGUCAGCCGGCAUCCCGUGAUUUCGGCGCGAUGGCCGCGUUUUCGAAAAGCUCGCUGACAGGAUAAGACAGACGAACAGGACGAUAUUAUUAGAGCGGAUAGUGGCGGAAUAAACAUUUUUAUGCAGGGUGCAGGGUUAUGGGAAAGCAGAUGCUUUGACAUUUGGAUCUCUUGCUCCUGCAGGACUUCGUUAGUUUACUGAACAAAGAGGUGCCCGCGGCUGGUGUUAUCGAAUAACCACUUUAACGAAUCAAUAAAUUCCUGAAGAGGAAACCGGAGAGAAAUUAGAUUGUCGUUUGAUCGGCUAUUGUAUAACCAGCCACUCGAUCGUCGAGUCAUCAAAUCGCACUCGGUUCUCAAGCCGCCGUACGAGUGGAAAGAAAAGGAGUUCACGAAGAAGUAGUAACAAGAAGCAGAAACAUGGCACACGAAAACGGGAUAAAUGGCGAUACCGACUCUGAGUCGGUGGAGCUAAAUCCUCUGAGGAGAACCAGAUUCCACGUGAAUCGGGUCGACAGUCUCGAAGGUCGCGCCAGUCUCUUGGGCGAGCAGGAAACAAAGAAGUCCCUCAGGCACAUGACCAGGGAAGCCUUGCCGAGGCUAGACAAUUACAGGAACAUCAUGAGCAUCCAGGCGGCCCAUAGACCUUCCUUGGACGAGUUGCACAAUCCCACUCUCCUCAACAAGGGCUCGGGCUCACAUACGUUAAACGUUCCGCAUUUGAAAUCCACGACGACCAGGGUGAAAUUCGGAUGGAUCCAAGGAGUUUUGAUGCGAUGUCUCCUCAAUAUCUGGGGGGUGAUGCUCUUCCUGCGGCUUUCCUGGGUCGUAGCGCAGACCGGUGUAGGCCAAGCUAUUUUAUUGAUUCUCACAACAACAGUAGUCACGACGAUCACGUCCUUGUCGAUGUCAGCAAUCAGCACGAAUGGUCUCAUUAAAGGAGGUGGAACUUAUUACAUGAUUUCCAGAUCAUUGGGACCCGAGUUUGGCGGUUCCAUAGGUCUCAUAUUUUCCCUAGCGAACGCUGUCGCCUGUUCCAUGUACGUGGUUGGAUUCUGCGAGAGCAUGGUGGAUUUUCUCAGUUCUUAUUUCGAGGCUUGCAUAGUCGAUUGUGCGACAACAGAUAUCAGAAUCAUAGGCUGUAUAACGAUAGUUGUGCUGCUGAUAAUUGUGAUAAUCGGCCUGGAAUGGGAGGCAAAGGCUCAAAUAUUUUUACUGAUAAUCCUUCUCUUGGCUAUCGUCGAUUUCAUGAUCGGCACCUUCGUGGGUCCUAAAGGCACAGAGGAGAAAGCUAAAGGAUUCAUUGGAUACAAUACUAAACUCUUCAAGGAGAAUUUUUAUCCGAACUACCGAUACAGCGAGGGCGUGCAACACAAUUUCUUUUCAGUCUUGGCCAUUUUCUUCCCAGCGGCGACAGGCAUCCUGGCAGGUGCGAAUAUAUCCGGUGACUUGAAGGAUCCGCAAUCAGCGAUACCGAAAGGCACGCUAUUGGCAAUUCUUCUGACAUCGCUGUCAUAUCUGCUGAUGGCGAUUAUGGUCGGAGGUACCGUUAUACGAGACGCGUCUGGCAAUGUUAAUGAUUUAUGGGAGACGUACAAUGGUUCUUUUCCGGGUCUGUCGAUACUUGAUAUAAGCAAUGACACCGCAAUCGAAAAUAGUACAGUUGUUAAUCGCACCUGGAUAUAUGGAACGGCUUUUAAUUGUACCUCAGGAUGUAAAUACGGAAGCCACAACAGCUUCGAGGUAAUUCAAUUGGUUUCCGCCUUCGGUCCCAUCAUUUAUGCCGGCUGCUUCGCUGCAACAAUUUCAAGUGCCUUAGCAUCGCUGGUCUCAGCGCCGAAAGUAUUCCAAGCGCUUUGUCUCGAUAAGUUAUAUCCGGGAAUCGCGUGGUUCAGCGGAAAGAAGGAUAAAGAGCCAAUCCGUGGUUAUUUUCUCACUUUCAUCAUUGCCGUCGGUUUUAUUUUGAUCGGUGAAUUGAACGCGAUCGCGCCACUGAUUUCGAACUUCUUUUUGGCAGCUUACACUCUCAUUAAUUUCAGUACCUUCCAUGCUUCUCUUGCUAAACCAAUCGGAUGGCGGCCAACAUUCAAGUAUUACAACAUGUGGCUCAGUCUUGCUGGCGCUAUCCUUUGCGUGGCUGUGAUGUUUCUGAUCUCAUGGUGGACGGCUCUAAUAACGUUAUGCGUAGUUUUAGCGCUGUAUUUAGUGGUUUCAUAUAGAAAGCCCGAUGUCAAUUGGGGUUCAACUACACAAGCGCAGACCUACAACAACGCGUUGACAGCAGUGCAGCAAUUAGAUCGUGUGGAGGACCACGUGAAAAAUUACAGACCGCAACUCUUGGUUCUCACCGGCGCGCCUAAUGCGAGAUCCUCGCUGGUUGACUUUGCACAUCAUAUCACGAAGCAUCAAAGUUUAUUCAUUUGCGGUCAUAUCAUUGAGACGCCUAUAUCAUACAAGACACGCAACAACAUGACACAGAAUUGUAACUCCUGGUUCAGAGCAAAUAAAAUCAAGGCAUUUUAUUCUUUGGUGGACGGCGCGAGUUUCCAGGACGGUGCUACUUCUCUCCUGCAAGCCGCUGGACUUGGCAAAAUGAGACCCAACAUCCUGCUGAUGGGUUACAAGCAAGACUGGGCCACCUGUUCACGGGAGAAUUUGAAUAUGUACUUCAACGUUAUGCACAAAGCUCUUGAUAUGCACAUAGCAGUGGCACUUCUGCGGCUCCAAGAAGGCUUAGAUUGCAGUGGAAUCAUUGGAGAUGUUGAAGAUCAAAGGAGACUCGCGCCUACAUCGAUACCGGGCAAUCAAAGCUUUUCACAGCUCAGCCAAGCUAGUAGCACGUCUGACAUAUCGAUACCCGGUAGUCCUGCGCCUAGACGUUCGAAGGCGAUUAACGAAUAUCCCAAUCCGUCCGAGGAGCAACGCGAGAACCGGCCAAAUAUAGUGCCAAUCACGAAUAUACUUAAUGUAGUGACAAAGUUUCAAAAGAAGCAUAAGAAGGGCACUAUUGAUGUAUGGUGGUUAUACGACGACGGUGGCUUGACGCUUUUAUUGCCCUACAUAAUCAGCACAAGGCGCAAUUGGUCUAAUUGCAGAUUGAGGGUGUUCGCUCUGGCAAAUAAGAAUUCUGAAUUGGAGUACGAGCAAAGAAAUAUGGCGAGUCUUCUCUCAAAAUUCCGGAUAGACUAUUCCGCUCUGAAAGUUAUACCGGACAUCUCAAAGCCAGCACAAGCUAGCACGAAGACGUUCUUCGACUCGUUAAUAACUGACUUCCAGGAAUCGGCGGAUUCGAAAAAUGCAGACGACGAUAUUAUUAAAGAUUCGGAACUUAUGGCGAUGAAAGAGAAGACCAAUAGACAUCUCCGUUUGCGUGAAUUAUUACUUGAAAAUUCUAUGGAAGCCAACCUGAUCGUUAUGACUCUGCCGAUGCCUCGGAAAGGUGCCGUGUCCGCGCCCCUAUACAUGGCAUGGCUAGAGACGCUCACGCGCGACAUGCCGCCAUUCUUACUGGUUCGGGGCAAUCACACGUCGGUUUUAACAUUUUAUUCAUAGUGAUGAUGAAGAAACAGAUGGAAAAGUUUUUUAUGUGAGAAUACGCCUCACGAUUAGCGACAACAACGGUGUACCGCAGUAUUACAAAAAGAAAGACUUAAGGCUCCUGGGUAGUCACCGCAGCCAUAUUAGAUUCGUGACGUCAGAAGCGAGAAAUG